GACCCAAAUUGUAACGAUAACCAGAGCAGAAGAAUCCUGCUCUACGCUUGAACGGAAACAAAGCGCAGUACACCCGCCUGAUUUCCUCUGGGCCGUUGAUUCGCCGACCAACGGCUGGGCCGGUCCUCAAAUCGAAAGCCGCGCUCUGCUUUUGUCCAGCCCCCACUGCCCAGUCUCUCCACCCGCACGGCCGGAAGCCGCGCGCCCGCCGCCAGCCUCCGGCGACCGCCGCCUCCUCCGAGCCGGGAGACCGAGCUCUUCGCCGCGCGUGCCACCGGAACAACAAUUGAGUUAAACCCAUUUUGAAGAUUUUGGCUCUCUAAAAACACUCAAAAUUCAUUACUGAAAAUCUGAAACUUGGAAGCUUCAAAUCUUUAUGUCAUAUGGGUAUCAAGCAACCUUUUGGUGCCAAAGACCCCAGCUCAGGUUGUUUGGCAUUGUCAGAAAUUCUCUACCAGGCAGAGAAAACUAAUCAAGAUGAGAUGAUCUGGUUACCGGUUAUUAAGGAGCGCCUUAUGCCCAUGGUGACCCAUAGGUUUAAAUCAAUUGUGGACCUUACAUCUCGCGGAACUGGGAAGCUGAUUCACUAAAGAGCCAUUGAGUUUGCAUCUAGGGACACAUGAAGAAUCUGAAUUUAGGAAGCCUUAAUUGAGGUGCCUCUCAUUGGAGAUGAAUACAGAUAUAUUCUUCAGCAGCCCGACUGUUCUGGGAGUGCCUAAUUUCUAUCCUGUAUAUGUGCCUGUUCCACUAAGUCUUUGCCAAUAAAAUGCUGCAAAUAGGAAAUAAUCAUCCACAAUGAAAAUCUGAACUCUAAAGCCCACUCCUUUGAUUGCAAAGGAGGCGUUUAAGGAAGGCGAUGAUGUUAAUGCGCCCAAGCUCUGUACUGGUGAGGACAGUGCAGGCUCAAAGGAACCAUCUGCCCUCUCUCCUUUCGAGCUUCUUGGGGCGUCCAGUACAAUGCAAUCGGCAUUUCAUGUCAUCCCAGCAGUGACUAGGCCUGACCCCAGGAACGAAUACUGUAGUGCAAUUCAUAUUUCAUGCAAUGUGAAGGACCAUGGAAUAAGCAUACUGCCGGCUCAAGUCUGUUUUUGGAUAUUUAGUGCAUCCCGUGACUUCCAUGUAAUCCUGUGAGCAGUUAGUCGUGUUACCUGGUUUUGUUGUCAUGGACAGUAAGGGGCAUAUGUGUCAACCACAAUAUCUUUUACAUGCCAACAGUCGCACAAUAUGUGUUACCUGUAGCAUGUGCACGAGCGUCUUUCUGCCCUAUCUCAUAUAACUUCUGUGUGUCAGAAAAAUGAUAUUAGACUAUUAUAGGUAAAUGCCUAUAUAAUCUUUAAUAUUUGGAACAGUACACAUUUGCAUCUUACCUUCUGCUAAUUACAAAGUUACAUUUAGAAUCUGGCCACUAACGGACAACUUGGCAUUGCUAUCCUGUGGAAUCUUGUUAUUUAGGAUAAUCAUUUGCAAUUUUUUUAAAAAUUCUGUCUUGUCUACAAAAAGUGCUUAUUUAUUUGUUAGUGUAUUUGAAAUGAUGAAACUUCAGAUUAAAUGCCACCACAAUGGCAAAUUAAGCUUUACACUACUGUGUAGAAACAUAUGCUGUUUAUGGUUCCUCAAACAUCAUAUUAUGAAUAGAAUGAUACAGGCAUUUGCCAUUGGUCUCUUAGCUUAUGGUAAGAAGCAAUGGUGAUCUACCAAUAUUUUUUUCCCCUGACAUCAUCUUUUAAUAUUUGAUCAGAUUGAUGUUCUAAGACACUAAAACAGCCAUAUCUAUGGGCAAAUGAAACUUUAAGAUAACUGUUUUCCACGUAUAACUUUCACAAUUUCAUGAGAUGUUGAUAUUUGUAUGAUUAGAAAUAGAGUGCUAUCUACAGUAUGCAAUACUUUUUAAAACCUAUCCUCGUGGCUACAGUUUUUUCUUCUCCUAAUUUGUUCCUCUUCCUCACUUGGGUUUUGUUAACUGGGAUGUUACUAUUAUAUAUUGCAGAAUUGAAGGCAGUAGAGAAAAGGGAAAAACCAGUAUCAGCUUAACUAACUCUUUAAUAGGAGACAAUACUGUUUCUUUUGUUUAUGCUCCACCACUUGCACAUUCUAAUUGAAGUUGUUAAAUAAUGCUGUAGAAUUUAAAUCCUAUGCCUGUCUCCGAUGGCAUUUAAACUGAAUCUUGCAUGGAGAAUUUUUUUAAGUAAGCAUGACUUGUCCCUUGUACAACAUUUGUUUUCAGUGUUGUUACCAAUAUAGGAUGGUCAGGACCAAGUAUUAUAUUGGGUGGUAAUGAACAAUGUCCAACCGAACAACAUGACUUCAGGCAUGUGUGGUCAGGCAAAAGACAUCAAAAUUUCUGGCUUCUCUGAAUCAUGCAUUUUUAUGUGGCAUUUUGCUCAGGCCACUAACUAAACAGUCCCCUACACAACUAGAGUCUAGAUCAUGACAAAUUUUAAUAAAAUAUUUAUCUUAGCUCUCAAAUGAUUUGAUUUACUGAAAGGCACAUGGCUUAGUUUCCAUAGAUCAGCAGCAUUACUGCCACUGUUUUGAGUACAUGAAUUGACAACAUGGUUAUGGACUUGCAAGAAUUGAUGUUACAUGUUUGCUUUUGAUAAAAUCUUAGAAGCACCAUAGUGACCAUACUAACAUGUCAUCCAGUAGGUUGGAUCCUGUCAAACGUAGUAAUGGGUUAUGAUUUUUUUAUGAGAGUCAUCUAACUUUACUCCAAUCCUGGCCUAGUGGUUACUAUUUUUUGUGAGCAAUGGGUCGUUGGGAUCCAAAAUCUUGUGUGUAUUUUUUUCAGCGUUGUACGCUGCCAUACGCAGAUGAAUUUUAACAAAUUUCAAUUCCUAUGUAUGAACUCCUGCUUUGAUUUCUUAUAUUGUCAGUUUGACCUAGUUCUAUGGUGCAGGAUCCAAUCCUGCCGUAUAUAAAUAUGAAAUCUGAUCCUGCAUCAAUUCUCACUUUACAUGGAAAGGCUUUGCUUAGUGUCUAGCUUCUCAUGAAUGCUAUCUCACCUUGUUUCAUUUUUUAUGCGAUUGCUGAUAUAUGUGUUUCGGAAUAUGCAUUGCAAGGUGCACAUGUAGAAAAACAGUGCAACAAUUCUUGCAACUGUCAAGGUAGUGACGUGUGGGUUAUGCCACAACUCACUUUGUGAUCAGAUUUGUGCUCUGCGGCUAAUGUUUGUUAUGCAUCUUCUUGUCAUGAUUCGCCAAGAUAAGAACUUUACUGACACUAGCCAUUUAAACCAAUACCUGUCAUUUUAAUAUUCUGUUCCAGGUUCAGAUUCUCUUAUCACUAUCCAGCAGGGAUACCAAGAGGUCGUUAUCACUGCUCCAAUUAUGCAUUUUAUUCCUCUUCCUUUUCAGCAUUUAUCGAAAGUAGUGGAUGGGACCAAACAAAAUAAAAUACAUAAUAAAACUGAAAAACCAUGGGAGUAGCUACUAGAAAGGGUUAUCCAUCCUUUUGCGGAAUAAAGUGAGAAUUUCAUGCCCACCAUGCAUCUUCCUUUUUAUCAUCCAGUUCAUUUGGUUUCAGUGUGAAAGCAUGCUGAUGCCACUAUUUAUCUUCUUCCGUUUUAGUAGGAUUCCUGCUUCAGCCAUUUGAUGGUUAUGUAUCACACCAAAUCUUUGUUGUUAGCCUUUUUUUGAUAAUAUUUCAGGAUCUGUGAGAUGUAGAGAGAAGCAGCAGAUAGUUGAGCUCCUUUGGUCCAUCAGAUGGCAGAUCUGUCUGAGCUAUCCACCUUUUAUGAUCUAUUGAUGUAGUAUCUUUUUCUUGUAUCUUAGGUGCCUCUAAAUGUUUUUAUAAUACAUGAAGAGGAUAGCUCAAACUAACUGAACAUCAAUAUUGAUAUUUGUACAUAUUACAUGCAUGAUGUGUCAGAAUUUUGAAGUUUUGUACAAUAUUGUAGUUGCUGUACUUUUUCUUUGUUUUAAUAUGAUGGUUCUAUGCCAUGUUUGGGUCUCCACUGUUCCUCUAUUUUAGUCAAGUGACUUAUAACAGUCAGCUAGUGACUUUUAAAAAAGUUUGUCCAAUCAUUUUCUGAUUCAGACAGUCCUUUCUUGUACUGCCAAGUAUCUCUUUGUGUUCUGCUAGUACCAGUCCAUUCAUGUACUGCCAAGUAUCUCUUUGUGUUCUGCUAGUACCAGUCCAUUCAUAACAUUGAAAUGUUCUAGCUAUUUCUUGAGGGGGUACUGCAAUAUUUUUGCUGCAUACUCCUGUAUUACAAAUUAUGAUGUCCACGAUACUGAAAUUAUUCCUUGAAAAGGAUACUGUUGUCCUAUGUUAAACAAAGGUUGUUUUAAGGAGAACAACCUUUUUGUUUGUACACCUUUCAUUCUGUACUUAUAUGGUAAGAAUGUUAAUCUUAUAUUUGCUAAGAGCCACCUAUUGUCUUCAUUCCUUUGGUGAUGACUUGGUUCUGACUUAUUGUAGAGGUGCUCAUUGAGUCUGCAACGUCAUUAUCUGCAUAACAUGGCAUGCAGCCUCAAUCUUGAAUGCAAUGUAACUGUCUAAUUUUUCUGGAGGCAGUUGCCUAGAGUUAGUACUCCAGUAGUAUGUACUUUUGUAAAAACAAAAGGAAAAUUUCUUUAUGUUAAGUACUCACAGGGAAUUUCAACGGUUGAUGUCAUUUCAAAGGGACUAAUGUUCUUCCAGAAACUCAUUUUGAGUAUAAGAUAUCUUGAAAGUUAGAAUUUCUAGAUUUAGUGAAUAUGUCCUCCAUACAUUAAAUAGUCAUCAUUCACUAACAAACUUUGAUGGUCUUCAUAGUGUAGUAGUGAGAUUGACUGAGUCCCGACUCUCUGAAUAAUAGAAAUAGCUUCAUUAUGUAUAAUAAAUGGUACAGAUAACAGUAGAGUUUUAUGUGUUUCUAAUUAGUUAUCUAAUGUCUGGGAAACUCUAUUUAUUUAUUUGUAAGUUACCUUCUUCAGGAACAAGUUCGAAGAUGCUACAGUUCUACAAAUUUCUGUUGUGCAGUGUCAUCAUAUGCUUAGACUCUCUUGCUGUCUAUGGUCUGAACCACAGAACCUUAUGAAAUAGACACCUACAUAGAGCAACUUGCAGCAUUUGUACUUGAGUUAUUUCUGCAGUUUCAUGAAAAAAGAAAAGUUCUUUGUCCCUUUGCUAUUCUUUAUUCACAGGACAGCAUUAUCAGUGUAGAAUAAAGAUUUUGCAUGUUAUAAUGUUUCCCUCUAUAUAUACACCCUCUUUUGUUUUCAUGCCUCAUUGCGCCUAUCUCAUUUCUCUCUACCUGUUUUGCACUGAUAUCUGAGUAGCCAAACAUGGAGUACUCAAACUUGCGUCGCCAGAUCAUCUGCAUGAAGAAAAGUCUCUUUGAUCAGGGUUACCUUGAUGAACAGUUUAAUCAGCUGGAAGAACUGCAGGAUGAAUCAAGCCCUAAUUUUGUUGAGGAAGUUGUGGUUUUGUUCUUCAAUGAUUCAUCAAGAUUGCUGACAAACAUAGAACAAACACUUGAGAAGUAUCCUCAGGAUUUCUACCAGCUGGAUUCUCUGGUGCACCAGCUCAAAGGCAGUGGAACAAGCAUUGGUGCAAUAAGGAUGAAGAAUGAGUGCUCAGUGUUUAAAGCACACUGCAAUGACAAGAGUCUGGAAGGGUCACUCCAGAAGAUGAAGAGGGAGCAUGCCACUCUGAAGAAGAAGCUGGAGACUUAUUUUCAGUUGAUGAGGCAAGCUGGUCCUCGAGAACGUGCGGUGAACUCAAGGAAGUAAGAAGAAUAGUAUGGAAUGCAGUUUCCAGGGAAACAAGGGGGUGGACUAUCUCUGCUUCCUUGGAAGUCUUAUGAUCCUGAAGUUUUGCUGUAUGACUGACGCCCUUUUCCCUUGGUUGGCUAUGGUAGUGUCUUUGAUGAACUGUAAUAAAGAUGUGAUGAUACAAAUAUAUAUGGGUUUUGCCAUACUAGAUACUGUACUCUCUCUUUUUCUCCUAGAAUCUUAUAUCAUUGCAGCCUUCAAGUGGCAAAGAAAGUCUUAACCUAGCAGAAACUCAUUUUUGUUUCUAUAA